AUGGGUUUCUUUCGAUUAUCAAUAUACAGUAUUAUAGCAGCAGUUUUUAUAUAUUCAAUGGCUUAUGAUGUUUUAUAUAUUCCACGAAUCGGACAUUCAUGGUGGAUUUAUAAAUUAACAAUGCUCACUAUUAUUAAUUUGAUUACAUGUUUACUGUAUUGGAGUCUAUAUCUCAUUGAUCCGAAAUUGGUAAUACCUGACUGGGCAAUCUCAUUAAUUCCAUCGUUUCUGAAUCAAGUUUCUCACACCGCUCCUAUUCCAUUUAUACUUGUGGAUACUUUAUUAACUUGCCAUCAUGCACCUCCGUUACGAACUGGAUUUGUUGUAUCAUUGGCGAUCGUAUGUAUAUAUUAUUUCAUGUAA